AUGAGCUAUCCAGGAUAUCCUCCCAACAAUCAGGGAUUCCCUGGCCAUCCUGGAGUGCAACAACCUGGCUCCCAGUUACCCUAUCCACAAAUCCCCGGAGGUAAUGUAGGACAACAAGGGUAUCCAAUGCCAAGUGCUUAUCCACCAGGCCAACCCAGCUACCCCCAACAGAGCCCAUACCCUCCUCAAGUAGGUCAAUAUCCACCUCAACAGCCCGGACAGUUCUUACCUCAGUCUGGUCCAUAUGCUCAAAAUCCAUCCAUGUAUCCAUCAUCUGCUGUACCAAGUCAAUACCCAUCAUCUAAUGUAGCAGGUCAAUAUCCAUCCAUGGUACCAGGUCAAUUCACCUCACAAGCCUCUGCAUAUUCAAAUGCCCAACUGCCUUCUGGUUACGCGCCUCAGUCUGCUGCCUACCCAACUCAAUCAGCCUACCCAACUCAAUCAGCCUACCCAACUCAAUCAGCCUACCCACCCAAUCAACCAGCAACUUCAGUUUAUCCGAAUAUGACAGCAGGUGGUUACGACGGUGGUUCUCGAGUUCCACCACAAGCAGCAUAUCCACCUGUUAGCACUCCUGCUCAUUACCAACCAUUGAGCAGCUCACCUGCUCAGAAAAAGUCUAAUCCAACGGUUCGUCCAGUCACUCCAUUUGAUCCACGUCGUGAUGCCGAAAUAUUGCGUAAAGCUAUGAAAGGGUUUGGAACUGACGAAAAAUCAAUAAUACAGGUCUUGGCCCAUAGAGUUAAUUCUCAAAGACAGGAAAUUGCAAUUCAGUUCAAGACUAUGUUUGGUAAAGAUUUAAUAUCUGAUUUGAAAAGUGAACUGAGUGGAAAGUUUGAAGAUCUGGUUGUAGCACUCAUGACGCCUACUUAUGAUUUUCUUGCUAAAGAAAUUCACAAUGCUAUUGAUGGUAUUGGCACUAAUGAAGAAACAAUAAUUGAAAUCAUAUGCACUGCUUCUAAUGCUGAGAUUAAUAACAUAAAAAUGGCAUACCAUAAAUUGUUUGGUAAAGAUUUAGAAAAAGAGCUUAUGGGAGAAACAUCAGGAACUUUCCGCAGAUUAUUAGUGUCGCUUUGUCAGGGACAACGCAAUGAGAAUACAUUUGUUGACGUUGCAUCUGCACAAGCUGAUGCACAAAACUUGUUACAAGCUGGUGAACUACAAGUUGGAACGGAUGAGUCUACAUUCAACAUGAUCUUGUGUAGCCGUAGUUUCUGUCAACUACAACAAGUAUUUUUAGAAUAUCAUCGUCUAACUGGAAGAGAUUUUGAAGAUGUUAUUAAAAGUGAAUUCAGUGGAGAUAUUGAGAAUGGGCUUAGAGCACUUGUGAAAUCCGUAAGAGACAAAAGUUCAUACUUCGCCAAACGUUUGCACGAAAGCAUGGCUGGUUUUGGCACAAAUGAUCGAUCGUUGAUUCGUAUUGUGGCAACUCGUUGUGAAAUAGAUAUGGUUGAUAUUAAGAAUGCUUACAUGUCAAUGUAUGGGAAAUCUUUGGAGGCUGAUAUUGCGGACGAUACAUCAGGUGACUACAAAAAAUGUCUGACGGCUCUAGUUGUUGGCUAA